AUGGCUGCAGGCGAGGAGGAGGAGCAGGAGGCGACCAGUUCAGUCGCCCCUCUGCUCGCCAAGAGGUUCAUCUGCUCCUUUCCGAGCUGCAGCGCCAACUACAACAAGGCCUGGAAGCUAGACGCCCAUUUGUGCAAGCAUACCGGGGAGAGACCGUUCGUCUGUGACCAUGAAGGCUGUGGCAGAGCCUUCAUCCGCGACUAUCACCUGUCCUGCCACUCUCUCACGCACAGCGGCGAGAAGCCGUUCACGUGUGCGGCCACUGGCUGUGGCCAGAAGUUCACCACCAAGUCAAACCUGAAGAAGCACGUGGGACGCAAGCACGAGAACCAAGCCAGGCGAUACCCGUGCGACUUCGAAGGCUGUGACAAGUCUUUUAAGAAGCACCAACAGCUAAAAAUUCACCAGUGCCAACAUACCAAGGAGCCACUAUUCCAGUGCCACCACGAAGGGUGCGGAAAACACUUUGCUUUCCCCGGCGGUCUGAAGCGCCAUGAGAAGAUGCAUGCAGGGUACUCCUGCAGAAAGGGGUGUUCCUUUGUGGCCAAAACAUGGACAGAACUCCUGAAACACAUGAACGAGAGCCAUAAGGAACAUCUAGAGUGUGAAACAUGCGGCAGGGUAUUUAAGCGCAAAGAUUACCUUAAGCAGCACGAGAAAACUCACCAGGCAGAAAGGGAAAUGUGCCGCUGCCCGAGGGAAGGCUGCGGGAGAACCUACACAACCGUGUUUAACCUCCAGAGCCACAUUCUUUCGUUUCACAAGGAGCUGCGACCGUUUCCGUGUGAAUACCCCGGCUGCGGGAAAAGGUUUGCGAUGAAACAAAUCAAAACCUCAGAUUCAAUUCAAAAAAAUCACACCGACUUCUACCCAGCUUCCUGCCCGCCUUAUUUCUCCAGGCUCUGGGUCUUGCUUUGUGUCCACGGCUCUGGUGUUUUGAAGCCUUGGCCUGACAGAGACUCCCAGUCUCUGCCGCUGGCCGUUUUUGUGUUGGUAGUGGUUAGGGCACCCAACGCGGUGUGGACCAGCCGAGCCAGGACCUAUCUCUGCCCUGAAUCUUCCAAUUCCCAGAGGAUUCCGGGAAAUGUAGUCUUUUGGGAUUCUGGGGAAAUGGAGUUCCCACAGAUUUCCAACUCCUCCAAAAACAGUAACAGUUCUGCCUCCCACCUGGUGGGCCUCAAGGGAACCGGGCUGGGCAGCAGCUGCCCUGCCUUGGCCCCAGGGCCAUUUGGCUGGGAAAGUGUGGACCAUGCAUCUCUCCUCAUGUACUAUCGCCUCAGGUUCCCACUCUUCUGGUAUAAUCUCCCAGUGAAAGGUGCCAGCCACAUUGUCCAUGAAGCUAUAAAGAUAAGCCUCUAA